AGUAACGGCGAAAACUGACUUUGCAUCGACGUUGCCAUGACUUAACUCUUCGCGGGCACGGCUUCAAUGUAAACACAGUGUAGGUAACUCAUACCAGUCGUUUUUAUUCUGGCUCGUGAUUCAUUGCAGACGCUGGUCGUCAAACGGACGUUUCGGGAACAUUCCCGUUUUUCAGGAGUCGCAAAUCCCGCAAGGAAAGACAUGGAUGCGGUUCCCAGUGGAACCGGCGUGUUCUACCAGGCAAUGCCUGCCGUGGGAGUCGAUGGAAAGAAGAUCAUGAAACUGAUUCCUGUACAAAUGGUCAAUGGACAGUUUGUCCACACUGAAAUAAGCAAAGCCCGAACAGAUUCUACACCACAGAAAGAUGAGGAUACACAGAGCAUGGAAAUCUACAUCCCAGCGGAGGCUGAGGUGAAAAACAUCCCUCUGUGGAGCUUACCAAGUUCUGUGCUUAAACACAUGGGCCUCCCCCCGCCUGACUCAAAUAGCUCCAGGAAAAUCGCCGACUCUCCAAAGGGCACAUGGAUUUGUCCAGUAGUGAUACGGAGUAGAGGGCAGGGACUGGACUCCCACACAGGGAACAGUGUGAUUAAAGUGUCGGACAGAGAGUCUCGGCUUUUGUCUGGUACCUGCCGAAUGUCUUUUGUGACCUCCAACCGCACAGCUUACAAGGUGCUGAAGGACACCGGGUCUGGGAAUAGUGUCUCCCCUCACACAUCUCACACUUCCCUGAUGCCCCAGGCUUCAGCAGUAAACACCGCCGACAAGGCUGUUGUCAUCUACUGCGGACGCAUUUACCUGUCAGUGAGGAGCCCCAAAGGAAGCCAGACCCAACAAGAAGUCAGAGAACCACAGCCAGCUUCCCAGUUUUCCACUCCUUCAACAUCAGAUUUGUCAUCCAAAAAGCAGAAAAAGGAGCUUCUAAAUGACAGCAGGCCCAAGAAGAAACUCACCACAUGCAAAGUAACAACCAGUGAAAACAAGAAAGACUUUACACACAAGGUAUCCUCAUCUAGGACAGCUCGUUCUGUCCCUCAGUCCAGUGUGCACAAAGUGGACGGCCAUUGUCAUGAGGCCGCUAGAGGAGAGCAGCCCCGAGAGGAAGCAGCAGUGCAGGAGCCAGCUUGGUUUCAGCCUCCGGGGGAGCAGGUGGUGGAGGAGGUGGCCAACAGUGACAGUGGUGAAUAUAACAUGCAGGACCUGGGCAGCCAAGAAGCUGAGAGCACCAGUGGAAACAAUGACAUGGACGGUAUUGUGCAGAUAAACAGUGGUGAAACUGACCAAAGUAGCAACCAGAGCUGGACCAGGAGCGAGACUCUGGGUGCAGCCUGUGCGUCCACAUCACUACCGAAAGAUUAUGUCUAUAAUGAGCUGGAAGAAGAGGAGAAGAUUGCUCGAUUGAAGGCCAGACUCAGCCAGAGGAAAGCUGCACUCGGGAGCCUUCCUUCUUUAGAAUGACAGCUCAGAGUGAACAACAGUAAUGAUACAACCAAACUGGGCUCACACCCUCAAACUGCUGAGGUAACUCAGUCAGGGCAGAUAUGACGGACUGGCUGGUUGUGAAGGGCAAAGUCUGACCCAAGCAACCAGAGACUUGGGUACUGUUAGUGACUUUACACAAAGUCUUUGUUGAACUACAGUUCUGUAAUGUUCCAAAACAGAAAAUCUAACAAUCGCCCCCACUGUAAACAGUGAUUCGCUUCCUGUUUUGUCAUUCCUAACACAGCUACAUCUGUCAGGCCUGCAUCUGUUUACCACAGAGUGCAACACCAUGACUGGUUUCGAGGAGAGACUCUGAUUGUGUGCAUUGCAAUCUCUAUUUGUAUAAUGAGCUGCAUGGAGACCACAGUUCUUGGAGGCAGUGGAAUACAGCCAGGAGUUGGCUACGACAGCAGGUUGGACGAUUGUACAAAUUAGAUGGUUUCAACCACACUAAACCUUUUAAAAUCAUCUGUGGGCUGACUAAACACCCAGAAUGACAUGGAAGCUUUAAAAAAGAACGUUAACUAGGAUAUUAAUGUGCAUGUAAACAUAAUUGGUGAUAAGCUAGGUUGAUAUUUUUGUUGUUUCUGAUCCCUGAUCUUCUCCAGGGCUGUUGUCAGGCCAAACUUUACAUGUAGCGCUGCUGCUGUUAAUGCUGUUGUUAAAAAUCAGGUGCCUACAUUACCCACAAUACAAUGUGACCACAGACUGUUCUGUAACAGAUCCUAGUGUGCUAUGCUAGUAGCAGCUAAUGGAGCCUGUAGCAGCACCGAGGACGGCGCUACAGAGGUCAGGGAGCUCAAGUCUUUCCUACUCCACAGCCCCACAUCUGUUCCCUUUUCAGGCCGAUCUGACAUUGACUCGCUGGAGAGACAAUGUCAGAUCGUGUCACAUAUUUACACAUAGAUAUGUAAAAUCACUGGCAUGUACCUUUAACCACAUCUCACUUUGUUUUAUGAGGUGUUAAAAGUCGUUGCUACCUCCAGGGGUCACUAGUGGAACUUUUGUCUUGCUGUUGAAAAGACUUCACAGUAAGUGUGAAGCAUGAGACGCAAGGACACGCAUGUCUGCAAAGGUUUGGACACACUUUGUCAAUGAAUUGAAAGGGGGAGAGUGUCCAAACAUUUUUCUGCUAUAUUCUUACAUACAUGGCUUAUAUAUAUAUAUAAUUUCUGUUAAUACUCAACAUGCAGAUGAGCCUAGUUGUAAAAGGUUGGAAAUUCCAAAAAGAGGUUAUCCUGGAGCGUAUGAAGGGAUCGGGAAAUACUGACCUUUUGUAUGGAGCUGUAUUCUUACAGUCAUCCAAUUUCUGAUACCAGGUUUUUGUUGUAAGACUGAGACAAACCAUUAUUAUAGAAUCAUUACUGCUCUGUUGUCUUGACAAGAAGACUUUCUUUGGUUUGACACUUCAUGCUGAGUUUUGGUUACUGACUUAUUCAGGGAUAUAUAUUUUUGUUACUGCAAACAUCCCUUUGCAAUGAAGAAUGAGUAGGACUGUGACUGUUGUUAUUUAAAAGGAACAUUCAGCAGCUCAGGUUAUGUCCCACAUGAUCUGCAUCCAUCUACUCAUGUAUGAAAUGUGUUAUUCUGUAAUGAACAGACAUUCACCUGUCUCCAAAGGCAUCAUUUCUGCUGGGGGUUGGGGAGGCAUGUUGCCUUCACUUCUAUAGAUCCAGGUACAUCUUCCUCAACGAUGAGGAAGUCUGAGCUCAAAACGAGUAGCGCUGAGUUGUCGACCACCGUGCUACUUGUUUAGUCCUGUUGAAAACCAGAAGAUUGGAACCUGAUAUAAAUAGUUGAUGGAUCUAUUAGUACAAUCAGUUCAUUGUUAAUAAAAUAAUACCCUA